UCCACCGCCACAAGCAGACAAAGUUUACUGAAGAAAAACCAGUUUCCUCAUCCAGACCCAGCCUGACCCUGCAAGGAGUGUUUUAAGCAGUGUGAGAACCCCUGUAUUUUAUAGGACAAGAGGCCUCAGAAAAGUCUACAUCACAAAUGUAAUCCCUGGACAAAGGGAGUCACCAUUCUCUGGUUUUUGUAGAAACAUCACUUCGCGGGGCUGCAGUGAGGAAAAUGUUUUGUAAACUUCAAAGCACUAUAUAAAUGUGAUGUGCUUUUUUGAUAAUUAGCCAUUGGGCCCUGAGAAAACCUCUUUGCUCCAGCCUUCUUCUGUGAAUCAAGACCACACAGAAGAUGAGAAGACACAUGGUGGGAAGAGAGCUGUCCAGACGAUGGGAGAUAGAGAGGAAGGAUGCUAAGCGGGCUGAAGCCAGGCUUAGCCUAGGACUGCUCAGGCUGGAGGAGAGCCAGCUCUAUCGCAUGAACACGGUGGCCAGGGAGCAGAGGCAGUUGCAGAAAGAAUUGGAGAAGCUGAGACAGGCAGACAACUCCAAGAAAAAGUUUUCAUCUUUUGGCAAUGUUUUACUUGGGACUCAGAAGCAGCCAGAAAUUCCUAUGAUUCCCCAACAGGGAGGUCAGAGGCGCAGAACUGCUGAACCUGGCGGCAUUAGAAUAGAAACUCAUCUGCUCCAAACUAAGGAAUGUGAAAUCUCCAAAUCUACUGAGAUACCAAGUUUGCAUCCUAUAGACUGCAUAAAGAACAAAGAAGAGGCAUUUUCUCAAAGCCCCAGGGCCUCCCUUGGAGGUGGACCUAAAGCCCUAAAAAGAAACUCAGUCACAGUCAUUAACCCAGGCAAGGACAGAGAUUCAGGUAUCUCUGCUGACCUCCAGAAGCCUGGAGCCUUCAGCAAAGCAGAACAAGCCCCUGGUGCUCCCCCAGGUGAAAGCAAGGUGAUAGAAAUUAUGGAGGCCAGCCCUGGUGGGGGUGUUGGCCCAAAGCCUGGCAGUCAUACUGGAAAACAGACUCCAGGUAGAGAGAUGCCAACCUUUGAUCCCAAGGUCUAUACUCUUUACAGUUACCUCAGGACAGUAGACACAAUGCCAACUUACCUGGAACUCUUUGCAAAGGUCAAGAAUGCCCGCUACCUCCGGCAUAGAGUUCCGCCUGAAUUUGAGAGGGAGCUCAGCAUAGGGGAAAUAUUUGGAAAUGAAACAUGCUUACAGCCCAGGGAAGGAAGUGAGUCUGAUGAAAGCCUAAGCAUUUGAGGGACCUCUCUGGUCUCACUUUGGUCUUGCUGGCCAAUAGCAUGAGUUAGAAUCUCUGGCUAGAUGUACCCUUAAAACAUCGUCAGCAGGAAGGAGGAAAACCAAAAACAGGGUAUGACACAAUCCAAUUUAGAAAUCCUAUACAUUCAUUUCUUCUGCUGCGCUACACUAAGAGAAUUAACUAGGAAGACUAAACUUAUUAACAACAUAAAAAAGUAACCUUCUGAAAAACUGUAAUACUACAUAAAUGCUAAAUAGUGCUAAUAAUAAGAACCUACAUUCUGA